AUCGUCGGCAAAGAAACGUGAGAGGACACUGCAACUCUGUGUGCUACUGGUUUGAAUAUGGACAAAUAGAUGAUUUUCAUCCAAUUUGAGUAUAUUCAGCGAGAUGACCCGCUGAACUAUGAUUGGCUAGAGAUUUUGAAAGAGAUAUGACAAUGCAAACAUAGGCAAAUCUCUUGUGCUAGCAGAACGAAACACUUUCUUGUUGACAGAGGCACCCGGCACUUCCCUCUUUAACUCUCUGAUGAAGAGAUUCAGCUUUGUGCGGUGAACAGAGGAAUCGCUCUCUGCACCCUAGGCGUCCAGCUUCAAAGGUCUAAUCAUUACAUGUAAUAAUUGCUUACAAUCAUGGCACUCAGUGGUGCAUUUAAGGCAGUCACUAAAACCCCGGGGCUAAUUAUUUGGAGAGUUGAGAAAAUGGACCUUGUGGUGGUGCCACCGAAAGCCCAUGGGAACUUCUAUGAGGGAGACUGCUACCUCUUACUGUAUACAAAAAAAUCUGGCAACAACCUGCUUUAUGAUAUCCACUACUGGAUUGGUAAUGACUCUUCCCAAGAUGAGCAGGGGUCAGCGGCCAUAUACACCAUCCAGCUGGAUGACCACCUGGGAGGAGGUCCUGUGCAGCAUCGGGAGGUCCAGGGAUAUGAAUCAGACUCCUUUAAAGGGUACUUCAAGCAGGGCAUCAUUUACAAGAAAGGUGGUGUGGCAUCUGGUAUGAAACAUGUGGAUACGAACACAUAUGAUGUGAAGAGGCUUCUUCAUGUUAAGGGAAAACGGAGUGUCACAGCUACCGAGGUGGAGCUGAACUGGAACAGUUUUAACCUUGGUGAUGUGUUUUUACUGGACCUGGGGAGAGUGAUUGUACAAUGGAAUGGACCUGACAGCAAUAAGGCAGAGAGAAUGAAGGGUAUGCUGUUGGCGAAGGACAUACGUGAUCGGGAAAGAGGAGGCCGGAUGGAGAUUGGGGUGAUUGAAGGAGAUAAUGAGCAAGCAUCGUCUGAGUUACUAAAACUUCUAUACAACACACUUGGAGAGAGGACCCAAACUAUCGGACCAGGGACCGCUGAUGAAAUUGCUGAUCAGACACAGAAAGCCAACAUCAUGCUAUACCAUGUUUCAGAUGCUAGUGGGCAAAUGGAGGUGACAGAGAUAGCAAAACGACCAUUAGUUCAAGACAUGUUAAAUCAUCAGGACUGUUACAUCUUAGAUCAAGGAGGAAUCAAAAUAUAUGUUUGGAAGGGGAAAGGAGCGACAAAGGCUGAAAAGCAGACUGCAAUGUCCAAAGCUUUGGAAUUCAUUAAAAUUAAAUCAUAUCCGCACAGUACCAACGUAGAGAUGGUUAAUGAUGGAGCCGAAUCUGCCAUGUUUAAACAGCUUUUCCAGAAGUGGACAGUGAAAGACCAAGCGGUGGGUUUGGGGAAGACUUUCAGUAGCAGUAAGAUUGCCAAGGUCAGCCAAGAGAAAUUUGAUGCUUCACUACUUCAUGCAAAGCCAGCAAUGGCCGCUCAGGAGCGCAUGGUAGAUGAUGGAAGUGGAAGUGUUGAGGUGUGGAGAAUAGAGAACUUGGAGAUGGUUCCAGUGGAUCCUCAGUGGUUUGGCUUUUUCUAUGGAGGGGACUGUUACCUGGUGCUCUAUACUUACCAGGUGAACAAGAAACCACACUAUAUUCUCUACAUAUGGCAGGGUCGCCAUGCAUCACAAGACGAGAUAGCGGCUUCUGCCUUCUUGGCUGUUCAACUCGAUCAAGAUUUUAAAGGAGAGCCGGUACAGGUGCGAGUGUGCAUGGGAAAGGAGCCUCGACACUUCAUGGCCAUCUUUAAAGGAAAGAUGGUUAUAUUUGAGGGGGGCACAUCCCGCAAGGGAAAUGAGGAUCCUGAGCCACCUGUCAGACUGUUUCAGAUUCACGGCACAGAACCUUCCAAUACCAAAGCUAUAGAGGUUCCUGCAUAUGCAUCUUCUCUUAACUCCAAUGAUGUUUUCCUGCUGAAAACCCAGACUGAUCACUACUUGUGGUAUGGAAAGGGGUCAAGUGGAGAUGAAAGAGAAAUGGCCAAGCAACUGGCAGCCAUUUUAUCUGCUGGUUCUGAGGAGACUCUGGCAGAAGGACAAGAGACUGUACAGUUUUGGGAAACUCUGGGUGGCAAAGCCCCAUAUGCCAGUGACAAAAGGCUUCAGCAGGUAAAUGAAGAUGUCCAACCGCGGCUCUUUGAAUGCUCCAACAAGACUGGACGCUUUAUUGUCACUGAAAUCACAGACUUUAACCAAGAUGAUCUCGACACAUCUGAUGUCAUGCUCCUGGACACAUGGGAUCAGAUAUUUCUGUGGAUUGGUUCAGAGGCCAAUGAAAUUGAGAAGAAGGAGGCACCAGCGACAGCUCUGGAAUAUCUGAACACUCACCCCAGUGGCAGAGACUCAGAAACAUCCAUUCUAAUCCUCAAACAGGGAUUUGAGCCACCCAACUUCAGAGGGUGGUUUCUGGCCUGGGAUCCACUCAAAUGGAGUAGUGGUAAAUCAUAUGAAGAGCUGAAGAAAGAACUGGGCGAUACUGGAGCCAUAGAGAGGAUUACAAGGGAAGUAAAUGGAGUUGUCCUGUCCCCCAGCUCCCCAAGUCCGAACAGUGUCUAUCAGUGCUUUCCCCUUGAUGCUAUAAAAGGGAAACAAAAACAUGAGCUGCCAGAAGGUGUGGAUCCCACAAAGAAAGAGAACUACCUCUCAGACCAUGACUUUGUUGAUACGUUUGGGAUGACCAGGGGAGAAUUUUCAGCUUUACCUGCAUGGAAACAAUUAAGCUUGAAGAAAGGAAUUGGACUUUUCUAAGAAUGCCAUGCACAUCAUGCAACUUAGAAGCCAUGGGCGUUAUUGACAAGCAGCAUUUUAUUAUUUCACAAACUGCAGUCAGACAGCACUGAACUAAGCGUGAACCUAAACACCAAUAUAACGUUAUAUAUGACAGGAUGCUAUACUUACUACAUACCUCUUAUGAGCUGCGGCAAUACUGCUUGUCAUAUACAAAGCGCCAUGUACAAUUCUCACCUUUACUGCAAUAUCUCAGCUCUGAUCUGAAGCUUGACCAGAAUAUGGAAUCUCCUGUCCCCUAAGGUUUUCGCAAUGCUCUACAAGCACUACCUGUGAGUUAGGCACACACUAAGGGCAUUCCCUCCUGCCUUACUCUGUGUAAUAUACAGGAAUUUUUUGUUUUAGUUUUAUAGCCUGGUACAUUUUAAGGUGCAAUGAUAAAUAAAGUUUACUUGCUAUGCCUUUUCCUUGGA